CCGCGCGUCGCUAGCGUCGCCCUCUCGCGCGCCGCCAUUUUCACGCUGCCCGCGAGCUUUCCCGCACUCGCGCACAGAUCAAGAAGCAUCCCCCGCAGCGUUAAGUUUCGAGGCACGAGUUGUGUCGCAAGCUGCGGUGACCUACGCACGUGCUCUCCAACACACCUUUUAAAGUAAACAAGUUUUCGUAUCCAUUUCAUAUCUCCAGUAACUUCUGAGAAGCGUAUACCAAUGACACUUAUCCAAAGGCCCAGUGAGGCGAAAGUGGAAAAAAUGGACAGUCCAAAGGAGGACAACGGAAAAUCUAUGAGACCUGUAAGGAACAGGCGUUACACACGGAGAUGUUUAGUAGCGGGCCAGCGACCCCAAAAGAGGCUCUUCACUCCAGAAAUAAAACGCUAUUUGAAAGACUGGCUCGUGCGACGAAGAGAAAAUCCUUAUCCAAAUCGCGAAGAGAAAAAACACUUAUCCCGUGAAACAGGCCUAACAUACAUACAAAUAUGCAACUGGUUUGCUAACUGGCGUCGAAAAUUAAAAAACGUUAACGCAGAUCGAAACCAACUGACAUGGGGACAUCUUAUUCGCACUUACAAUGAUCGAGCCCAGGGCAACGUGGAGCAGUUCAGCAUCUGCUCGGAUGACAGUAUCUGGAGUGAGCCAGAACCCACCAGCCCCGGCCUCGAACCCUUAGACUCAGAUGAAAGAUUUGAACAAAGUCCAGACUCAGCAAUCACAUACAAACAAGACGAUACAGAUGGAUCCUCAACAUCGCAAGAUAAAUAUGAAAAUUUCAAUAACAAUUCCAACGAAAUACAACCUUGUGAUAAAAGCAACUGCAAUAACAAGGCCAUGACGAGUCCAAUUCUUCUAAGCAAGUGGUUGGAAAGUGCAGCUCGAUUCCAGCCAAGUGAAGCUAAUUACUCUUGGUGGGCGGAAGCAAGAAGACGAAAGCAAGAAACUAAAACACAAAGAGUUGGACUUAACGCCAUCAGACAUGAUAGAGACGAAGUGGAAGCAGCUGUAGCACUUACUGCCUUAGCUACAGCUUCCAGUCGCGUCACUGCGCUGUAAUCUUGGCUUUUCAGUGCUAUAAAAACUAUAUGUUAGUUUCCUAUGUACGUUUACAUUUUUAUACACAACAGCAAAUUAUGCUGGACAAAAAAAACUGUUAAAGUAAUACAAACAAAUACAAAUUGUUUGUAAAUUGAGGCAGAAAUUGAUAUCUUGGGUGCGCGUGAACUGAGAACGCACGCAUUUA